UGUAUUAAACUCCUUGUUUAUUUUACUCAGGUGUUGUGUUGUGUGUGGUCUGGUUGGUAUAGUCAGACCUCUUGCCAAGCGAGCUAAUUCCCCAACUCGCGUUUUAACAAGUGGCGGAGAAUCAAAAAUCGGCCUAUGGCUACAUACCAACCCACAAAUUACAACACCAGAGUCGGACACAGCCACAGCCACAGCCGACCUCCGACCUUGUCACAGAAUCCAGCGGCCUUGACGAACUACUGGAGGACCUUACAACAUUAGCUUCGGGCCCAAACACUGACAGCGUUAAUCCUCCCGUAACUAUCAACGGAGACGGUAUUGCGUCGGCCCCAAACACAGACGGUGGUAUUCAUCAAGCAGUGCCGCAUCACACUCAGUCCCCAAUAUGGCAUACGUGAGUAAUCUGGUGCCAAAAUUCAAUGGCACCGGCAACGCCCGACAAUGGCUGAAGAAGAUGGAUUGUCUUAGACAGCACCAAUCACUGAGUGAUUCCGUCUACUUGAACCUCCUGCCAUUGUAUUUAGAUGGACCCGCUGCUACUUGGCUGGACUCGCUUCAUCCAGCCCCAACAACCGCAGCCCAAUUCGAAGCCGUCUUUACUCGUAGGUUCACGGAUGUCACCUCACAGACGGCUUUCCUGUCCGCCCGCCAAAAUAACACCGAGUCCGGGCCUGCCUUCAUUGAACGCGUCCAGGAGAAGACAGUCGGCCUCCAGAUCCCCGAGACCCUCCUUGUUCAGGUCAUCAUCAAUGGCCUGCAGCCUCCUUUAAAGGGAUUGGUUAUUCCCCAUGGUCCACAGUCACUGGAGGCACUGUCACAUCAGGUGAGACUGGCUGAAGCAACUCUUCAAGCCACCCAGGGCGCCACUCCAUCCAUCUCAUCUGUGACGUCAACUGGGGUUGACAACAGUCAACUGGCCACCAUCGCUGCUCUGUUGACAACACAACAGCAGCAACUUGACAAGUUGACUGCUCAGAUGGCCCACGUUCCCCAGAGGCAGAAUGUCAACAGAUAUGUCAGCCGGGACCCGCCUCACCAACCUAGGGUCAACACUCGUCGUUUUGCACAACCACUGCAGCAACAACAACGGCAACAACAACCGCGGAGCAGCUACAGACAACCUUCAGGAAAGAGGCACAUCUCUAACAUCCUCUGUAUCCUGAUAGUCGUCAUUUUCCAACCAUUGCUUGCUUCACCACUAGCCCUUGAAGACUCAGUACUUCGUGUAAAUUAUGGCAUUGCCUUCACACCAUCGAAGGACACUACAGAUUUCAGUCAAGAUAAGAAAGACCAUCUGAGUUUAUCCCGACUGGUACAAAGGGCCAAGAAUAGAAAAAUUGCCUUUACCAAUUUAGCUGAACCUAUCCUUGAUGGUUCAGCUAUCCCUGUUGCUUCGUGGCCCAACCUUAACUCCAUACUGGCACUUAUUGCCUUAACCUUGGCAUGCGCAUCUACUCUUGCUUUUGUAUACACCUUCCAGAGAAUACGCACAAUCUCCACCCUGCUCAUACUGCUCCAGACCAAAUCCCAUGGCAGCCAUAUCGCCCCCACCGCCACACCCCCAACUGUCACACACAUUGGUCAAGCCACGUGGCUCAGCUUGACCUUCGCCACCAUGAUGCGAUGUAAGGAGCUGUCUCGUUAA